UAUGGGGAUUGCCUUGUGUGUUAUUUGUUGUUUUUCCCUUGCUGCUUUUAAUAUGUUUUCUUUGUAUUUAAUUUUUGACAGUUUGAUUAAUAUGUGUCUUGGCGUAUUUCUCCUUGGAUUUAUCCUGUACGGGACUCUCUGUGCUUCCUGGACUUGAUUAACUCUUUCCUUUCCCAUGUUGGGGAAGUUUUCAGCUAUAAUCUCUUCAAAUAUUUUCUCAGUCCCUUUCUUUUUCUCUUCUUCUGGAACCUCUAUAAUUCGAAUGUUGGUGCAUUUAAUGUUGUCCCAGAAGUCUCUGAGACUGUCCUCAGGUCUUUUCAUUCUUUUUUCUUUAUUCUGCUCUGCAGUAGUUAUUUCCACUAUUUUAUCUUCCAGGUCACUUUUCCGUUCUUCUGCCUCAGUUAUUCUGCUAUUGAUCCCUGGAUUAUUAUUCUUUAUAUAAUAUCUUAUUGCUUCCCUUAGCCCAUUAUGUCCUAAAAGUUUAGGAAAAAUUUCUUGGGUGAAGGACGUACAUAAAAUGAAUUAAAGGACAAAGAUGGGAAUGUGGACACUCUUUCCUUUGCACUCAUGCACUCACCUCAGGUUGCUUGCAUCCUCUGUGAAACCUCACCUACCAUCUCGAUCUGAUGAAGAUAGAGAUUAGUUAUUCUACAGCAGCCUCUGCUUUCAACAAGGUCGGGAUUUGGGCCCCUCCCAGCUCUUCUGCUGACAUCUAGGAAAUCCCAGGCAUGUACAAUUCUGAUGUCAGCUAUAAUAUAGGAGUGUGGCUGUGCCAAGAUAGAGAAGAAAGAAAAGAAUCUCAGAGACUGUAAUGAGUGCAAUAGGGGGAUAGAUGGUCAAUAAGCAAAUAGUAUUCAUUUAUGUACAACUUUAUUAUUUCAAAGUAAAUAAUAUGUAGUACUUUUAUGAUCAUGUUUGCAUCUCAUACCAAUUCUCUGAAAUAGGUAGGGUUGUUAUCAUUAACACUGUUGUACAGAUAAAGAAUCGAAAUGACUUAAAUAUACACAGUUACCCAGUGGUGGAGCUGAGACUUAAAUCCAGGUCUUCUGACUCUGCAUUCAGUAUCUCAUUUCCUCCUUAUUAGUCCCCUGCUUGUGCCAUCCCUCCGGUGCUCUUGAGAUGUGAUUAUGGUACUUGCCUUUCAGAAUUUUCCUUGAUCCUACGUGGCACAGCUGUACCCUUUGCUCAAGAAAUGCCCCACCCAUCAGGCAUUGUGUCUGGUACAGUUCCUGACUUUGUAGAGGUCAGAAUGCUGCCUCAGUUGAGAUUCAUCACUGCUCCUUUGCCUUGUGCUCUUGAGCCUGGGAUUGCUUACAGGGCAUAUAUAAGGAGGCAGCCAAUUGGCAUAGCUCUUUCAGCAAUAGGGAGUUUUCCUUUUUUAGAGUUGAAAUGCACAUUUGGUCUUUGAUUUAGAUGCUGAGCACUGAGUCUCCCCUUAGAUUUCUGCAGAUUUAAAGCAGAUAUCAUUUCAACAUCAAUUCCUCCAAAAAUAUCUUAUGUCUGCACUCAUGCAAAAUGAUUGCUGAUCUGUAGGGAAGAGUGACAGUUUGAAAAAAAAAGCAAAUGAUUUUUAUAUUUCAAUUGUAAUAAUAAACACUAUCCUUCUCUCUGGGAAUGCUUCCUAUGAGGAGUUGUGUCUCCCUGAUUUGAGUUUUUUAGAUUUGGUUUUCGUUUUAUUUGGUGCCUUUUUCUCCUUCUGUAAGGAUCAUCUCAGUAAUGUAUUGUGCUAAGGUUAAAGGCACUUGACACUGGUUCUGUAUCUGGGCUCUGAGGCAGUGGUGUGAAACCUUCUAAGAUAAGACCUCUGAGUCAUAGAUUCCUGAAUAAAGUGUCCUGCUGGAGUCUGCAAACUUGAAACAUUUGGUGCUGUGCUCCUUUUCCUAUUCAGCACACAGGAACAGUUGGCAGCUUGGAUUGUAUCUUAAUUCUCUGUCCUAGACUUUGUUUUCUUCAUCAUCUUUCCACCUCACCCACUUCAUGCUGGCCUGUUCAAGUUCCAUCUUCUAGGAAACUGUCAUUUUUCUAGGCAGGCUAUCAAUAUGUUCAAUCUUUAGAAUUUUGUGGAAAUCCCCCAAUUUUAUAUUGUAAUGUGUGAGUAUGUGCUAAUGUAUGUUUUUCUCAGGGAGCAAGUCUAUAGUGUUCAAUCAAUUUCCAAUGUUUAAAAACUACUGGCCAUAUUCAGAAGGGAGUGGUAUGAUAUAUGUAAAGUGAUGAGAGGAAAAAAACCUACAGCCAAGAAUAUGUACCCGGCAAGAUUUACAUUCACAUUUGAAGGAGAGAUCAAGAGUUUUACAGGCAAGCAAAAAUUUAAAAAGGUCAGUACCACAAAACCAGCUUUAUAAGAAAUGUUAAAGAAAUUUCUCUAAGCAGAAAUGAACAGGCCACAACGAGAAAUAUGAAAAUUAUGAAAGGAAAAAUCUUCUUGGUAAAGACAAAUAUACAGUAAAGGUAGGACAUCAACCACUUGUAAAGCUGGAAGGAAGGUUAAAAGACAAAAGUGGUAAAGUCAUCUAUAUCCACAAUAAGUAGUUAAGGGAUUCAUAAAACAAAAAGAUGUGAAAUAUGAUGUCAAAAACAUUAAACAUGGUUGGGGGGGCAGUAAGAAUGCAUUUGAACUUAAGAGAUCAGCAACUUAAAAUAAUCACAUAUACAUACAUAUUGGUAUAUGUAAACCUCAUGGUGACCACAAACCAAAAAUGUAUAAUAGAUACACACACACAAAGAGUAAGGAUUUUAAACAUAACACUGAAGAUAGUCAUGAAAUCACAAGGGAAGAGUGCAAAAGAAGAAGAGAGGAAAAAAAAAGAAGUACAAAACAACCCCAAAACAUGUAACAAAAUGACAAUAAGUACAUACCUAUCAAUAAUUAUUUUAAAUGUAAAUAGACUAAAUGCUGUAAUCAAAAGACAUAGAGUGGCUGAAUGGAUACAAAAGCAAGACCCAUCUAUGUGCUGCCUACAAGAGACUCACUCCAGAGCCAAAGACACACACAGACUGAAGUUAAAAGAUGGAAAAAAGACAUUCCGUGCAAGUGGAAACCAAAAGAAUGUUGGGGCAGCAAUACUUAUAUAAAACAAAAUAGACUUUAAAACAAAGACUGUAGCAAGAGACAAAGAGGAUCAUUACAUAACAAUAAAAGGAUCAAUCUGAGAAGAUAUAACAGUUAUAAAUAUAUAUACACCCAAUGUAGGAGCACCUAAAUGCAUAAAGCAAAUAUUAGCAGACAUAAGGGAGAAACUGACAGUAACACAAUAAUAGUAGGGGACUUCAACACCCCACUUACAUAAAUGGACAAAUAAUUGAGACAGAAAAUCAAUAAGGAAAUACUGGCCUUAAAUGACACACUAGAUGAGAUGGACUUUUUAUAUAUAUGUAUAAAACAUUCCAUCCCAAAGCAGCAGAAUGCACAUUCUUUUCCAGUGCACAUUGAACUUUCUCAAGAAUAGAUCACAUGCUGGGCCACAGAACAAGGCUCAAUACAUUUAAGAGAUUGAAAUCAUAUUAAGCAUCUUUUCUGACCAUGUUAUGAGACCAGAAAUCAAAUUAAAGAAAAAAAUUCCAAAAACACAAACAUGUGGAGGCUAAACAAUAUGCUAUUAAACAUCCAAUGGGUCACUGAAGAAAUCAAAGAAGAAAUAAAAAAAAUACCUGGAGACAAAUGAAAAUGAAAACACAAUGAUCCAACAUCUAAUGGAUGCAGCAAAAACAGCUCUGAGAGGCAAGUUUAUGUUGAUGGAAGCCUAACUCAGAAAACAAAAAUUUCAAAUAAAGAACCUAAACUUACAUCUAAAGGAACUAUAAGAAGAACAAACAAAACCCAAAGUUAGUAGAAGGAAAUCAAUAAUAAGAUCAUAGGAGAAACAAAUGAAAUAGAGACUAAAGCAAACAGUAGUAAAGAUGAAUGAAGCUAAAAGCUUGCUCUUUGAAAGAUAAAAUUAAAAAUAUUUAGCGAGACUCAUCAAGGAAAAAAGAGAGUGGGCACAAAUCAUAAAAUCAGAAAUGAAAUAGGUGAAGUUACAAGUGACACAACAGAAAUACAAACGAUCAUGGGGAUUACUAUGAAUAAUUAUAUGCCAAUCAAAUGGACAAUGUAGAAGAAAUGGACAAAUUCCUAGAAAUGUAUGAUCUCCUAAGACUGAACCAGGAAGUAAUAGAAAAUAUGAACACACCAAUUACCAGUGUGAAAUUGAAUCAGUAAUAAAACAACUCCCCAGAACAAUGUCGAGGACUUGAUGACUUCACAGGUAAAUUCAGAGAAGAGUUAACACCUAUCUUUCUCAGAUUAUUUCAAAAAACUGCAGAGGAAAUAAUGCUUUUGAACUCAUUCUGUGAGGCCAGCAUUACCCUAAUACCAAAAGCAGAGAAAGAUAUCACAAAAAAGAAAUUUAGAGACCAAUAUCACUAAUGAACAUAGAGGCAAAAAUCUUUAACAAAAUACUAGCAAACCAAAUUCAACAAUACAUUAAAGGGAUCAUACACCAUAAUGAAGUGGGAUUUAUCCCAGGGAUGCAAGGAUGGUUCAGUAGCUGCAAAUCAGUCAAAGUGAUACACCACAUCAACAAGUUGAAGAAGAAAAAUCAUACGAUCAUCUCAAUAGAUGCAGAAAAAUUUUUUGAGACAAUUUGACAUCCACUUAGGACAAAAACUCUCACAAAGUCAGUAUACAAGGAACAUAUCUCAACAUAAUAAAGGCCAUAUAUUUCAAGCCCACAGCUAACAUACUCAACUAUGAAAAGAUGAAAGCAUUUCCUCUAAGAUCAAGAACAAGACAAGGAUACCCUCUCUAGCCACUUUUAUUCAACAUAGUAUUGGAGGUCCUAGCAAUCAGACACAGCAGUCAGACAAGAAGAAGAGAGAAAAGGAAUCCAAAUUGGAAAAAGGAAGAAAUAAACUGUCACUAUCUGCAGAUGACACUAUACUAUAUAUAGCAAAUCCUAUAGGCGCCAUCAAAAAACUUCUAGAAGUCAUCAAUGAAUUUGGUAAAGUUGCAGGAUACAAAAUUAAUGUACAGAAAUCUGUUAGUUUCUAUGCACUAACAAUGAAGUAUCAGAAAAAGAAAUUAAGAAAAAAUUAUCAUUUACAAUUGCAUUGAAAAGAAUAAAAUACCUAGGAAUAAGUCUAAGGAGGUAAAAGACCCAUACGUGGAUUACUGUAAGACACUGAUGAAAAAAUUGAAGGAGACACAGAUGGAAAGAAAUGAUGUGCUCAUGGCUUGUAAGAAUUAAUGUUAAAAUGACUAUACUACCCAACACAAUUACAGAUUCAGUGCAAUCCCUAUCAAAAUACCAACGACAACUUUAACAGAACUAGAAAAAAUAAUUCUAAAUUUGUAUGGAAACACAAAAACUGCAAAUAACCAAAAUAAUCUUGAGAAAAAAGAACAAAGCUGAAGAUAUCAUGCUCCCAGAUUUCAAACUACAUUACAAACCUACGUAAUCAGAACAGUAUUGUACUGGCACAAACACAGAGACAUAGAUCAAUGGAACAGAAUAGAGAACCCAGAAAUGAACCCACACUUAUGUGGGUAAUUAAUCUAUAACAAUGUAAGCAAUAAUUUACAGUUGGGAAAAUACAGCCUCUUCAAUAAGCGGUUUUGGGAAAACUGGACAGCUACAUGAAAAGGAAUGGAUCUUGAACACUAUCUUACACCAUAUACAAAAAUAAACUCAAAAUGGAUUAAAAACUUAAAUGUAAUAAAUGAAAUCAUAAAACUCUUAGAAGGAAGCAUAGGCAGUCAGUUUUUAAAAAUCAGUUUUACCAAUACUUCUUAUGAUCUGUGUCCUCAGGUAAGGGCAACAAAAGCAAAAAUAAACACAUGGGACUACAUCAAACUCAAAGGCUUUUUCACAGCAAAAGAAAAUAUGAAGAAAAUGAAAAGGCUCUCUACUGAAUGGGAGAAGAUAUUUUCAAAUGAUAUAUUUGAUAAUGGGUUAACUUCCAAAAUAUACAAAAAUCUCAUGCAACUCAACAUUAGAAAGCAAACAACCUAAUUAAAAAUGGGCAGAAGAAUUGAAUAGACAUUAUCCCAUAGAAGACAUACAUAUCGUUAACAAAUACAUGAAAAUAUGCUUAACAUCACUAAUUAUCAGGGAAAUGGAAAUCAAAAGCACAAUGAGAUAUCACCUCACACCUGUUAGAAUGGCUAUCAUCAAAAAGAAGACAAAAAUCAAAUGUUGGCAAGGAUGUGAUGAAAAGAGAACCCUCAUGAUCUUUUGGUGGGAAUGUAAAUUGUUACAGCAAUUAUAGAAAAGAAAAUGGAGAUUCAUCAGAAAGUUGAAAAUGAACUAACAUACUAUCCAGCAAUUACACUUCUGAGUAUUUUUCCCAAAGAAAACAAAAAACACUAAUUGGAAAAGAUAUAUGCACUCCUAUUUUCCUUGCAGCAUUAUUUACAGUAGCCAAGAUAUGGAAGCAACAUAAGUGCUCAGUGAUAGACAGAUGGAUAAAAAAGAUGUGAUAGGGAGUUCCCUGGUGGUCCAGUGGCUAGGAGUCCAUGCUUUCACUGCUCAGGGCCUGGGUUCAAUCCCUGGUUGGGGAACUAAGAUCCCGCAAGAUGCAUGGUGUGGCCAAAAGCAAAGAAAAAAAAGAUUAAGAAAAAGAAGAUGUGAUAAAUGCAUACAAUGGAGUGUUACUUAGCCAUAAAAAACAAUGAAAUCUUGCUAUUUGUGACAACACGGAUGGACCUAGAGGGAAUUAUGCUUAAUGAAAUAAGUCAGACAGAGAAAGGCAAAUACCAUAUAAUUUCACUUACAUGUGAAAUUAAAAAAAAACAAAAGAGCUGAACAAGCAUAACAAAACAGAAGCAGAAAACAAACUGAUGGUAGCCAGAGGGGAGCAGGAUGGUAGAGGAGGUAAGUAGGCAGGGAGGUUAAGAGGUACAAACUUUCUGUUACAAAAUAAAUGAGUCACAGGCGUGAAAUGUACAACACAGGGAAUUUAGUCAAUCAUAAUUGGAAUAUCUUUGUAUGGUGACAGAUGGUAACUAGACUUAUCAUGGUGAUUAUUUUGAAAUGUAUAGAAAUAUCAAAUCACUAUGUUGUGUAACAGGAACUAACAUAGUGUUGUAGGUCAAUUAUACUUCAAAAACAAACAAACAAACUCAUAGAAAAGAGAUCAGAUUUUUGGCUACCAGAGGUGGGAUGAGGGGGAGGGGGAAUUAGAUGAAGGUAGUCAAAAGGUACAAACAUCCAGUUAAAAGAUUAGUAAGUACUAGGGAUGUAAUAUACUGAAUGAGAAAUAUAGUUAACAUGGCUGUUUGUUAUAUAUGAAAGUUAAGAGAGUAAAUCCUAAUAGUUAUCGCAAGGAAAAAUACUUUUUUCCAUUUCUUUAAUUUUCUAUCUGUAUGAGAUGAUUGAUAUUCAUUAAACUUAUUAUGGUUAUCAUUUUGUGAUGUAUAUAUCAAAUUAUUAUGCUGUACCCCUUAAAAUUAUCCAGUGCUGAAUAUCAAUUAUAUCUCAAUAAAACUGGAAGAAAGAACCGUAAUACUAACCCCCCCACACCCUGCGACUGGCGCUAUGUGGAACCUAUCUUGGCCCUUUUCAUUAUGAAAAUGUGUGGAAUUAUUUGCAAACUUGAUCUUAUAAGAAAUCAUCUGAAUAUCUUAUCAGGGCGUAUUUCUUUGGUCUCUAGUUCUUAUUGGGCUGUUUGAAGAGAACAGAUCAUGAUGCCUGUCGAUGUAAGAUUACUCCUCUGCUGUUCAGAAAUUUUCCCAAACGUUGCAGUCCUUUCAGUUUGAUUUCAUUGGAGACACUCUGACUGAUGACGAGAUUAACAUUGCUGAAUCCUUCAAGGAAUUUGCCGAAUUGCUCAACGAAGUAGAAAACGAGAGGAUGAUGAUGGUACACAAUGCUAGUGAUUUGCUGAUCAAACCCCUGGAAAAUUUCCGGAAGGAACAAAUAGGCUUCACAAAGGAGCGGAAAAAGAAAUUUGAAAAGGAUGGAGAGAGGUUUUAUUCCUUGCUGGAUCGGCACUUACAUUUGUCUUCCAAAAAGAAAGAAUCUCAGUUACAAGAGGCAGACCUCCAGGUGGACAAGGAGAGACACAAUUUCUUUGAGUCGUCCCUUGAUUAUGUUUAUCAAAUCCAGGAAGUUCAGGAGUCUAAGAAGUUCAAUAUUGUGGAGCCAGUCUUGGCCUUUCUUCAUAGCCUCUUCAUUUCCAACAGCUUGACCGUGGAGCUCACACAGGAUUUCCUCCCAUAUAAACAGCAACUCCAGCUCAGUUUACAGAAUACAAGAAAUCAUUUCUCCAGUACCCGAGAAGAGAUGGAAGAACUUAAGAAAAGGAUGAAAGAAGCUCCACAGACAUGCAAACUUCCAGGACAGCCAACCAUCGAAGGCUAUCUCUAUACACAAGAGAAAUGGGCUUUGGGAAUAUCCUGGGUGAAAUACUACUGCCAAUAUGAGAAAGAGACCAAAACGCUCACCAUGACACCUAUGGAGCAGAAGCCAGGUGCUAAGCAGCAGGGACCCUUGGACUUAACCCUGAAGUACUGCGUGAGAAGGAAGACGGAGUCUAUCGACAAGAGAUUCUGUUUUGAUAUAGAAACUAAUGAAAGGCCAGGAACCAUCACUCUGCAAGCCCUUUCAGAAGCUAAUAGAAGACUAUGGAUGGAGGCCAUGGAUGGGAAAGAACCUAUCUAUCACAGCCCUAUAACGAAACAGGAAGAAAUGGAGCUGAACGAAGUGGGGUUCAAGUUUGUUAGGAAGUGUAUCAAUGUCAUUGAAACCAAAGGGAUCAAGACAGAGGGAUUGUACCGUACCGUGGGCAGCAAUAUUCAGGUUCAGAAGUUGCUGAAUGCCUUUUUUGAUCCUAAAUGUCCAGGAGAUGUUGAUUUUCAUAAUAGUGACUGGGACAUUAAGACAAUCACCAGCUCCUUGAAAUUCUACCUCAGGAAUCUUUCUGAACCUGUCAUGACCUAUAGACUUCACAAAGAGCUGGUCUCUGCUGCCAAGUCUGACAACCUGGAUUAUCGGCUGGGAGCUAUUCAUUCCUUGGUAUAUAAGCUACCGGAAAAGAACAGAGAGAUGCUGGAACUUCUUAUAAGACACUUGGUCAAUGUGUGUGAGCACAGCAAAGAGAAUCUUAUGACCCCCUCUAACAUGGGGGUGAUCUUUGGGCCCACUCUCAUGAGAGCUCAGGAGGACACUGUGGCUGCCAUGAUGAACAUCAAAUUCCAGAACAUUGUGGUGGAAAUCCUAAUUGAGCACUUUGUCAAGAUUUAUUCAGGUCCACCUGAGGAAAGUACUGCACCCCCAGUGCCUCCACCUCGAGUGACAGCAAGAAGGCACAAACCAAUCACAAUUUCGAAGCGCUUGCUGAGGGAAAGGACAGUUUUCUAUACUUCUUCCCUGGAUGAAAGUGAAGAUGAAAUCCAACACAGAACACCGAAUGGUACUAUCAUCAGCAGUAUAGAACCAACCAAGAUGCCACAACACCCCAAAAUGCCUAUGCAGAGAAGUGGGGAAGCAGAUCAUGGGAGGAAAUCCCCAAGCAGGCCUGUUUCAGAUGGCAAGUUGGAGUCCUGCCUCGAGGUGGAUGUGGGGAAGUUGGUAUCUAGGCUGCAGGAUGGAGGGACCAAGGCCAUACCAAAGGCCACCAAUGGACCUGUGCCAGGUCAUGGGCCCACUAAGACCUCCUCUUUCCAUGUAAAGAGACCAGCUCCUCGGCCCCUGGCUCACCACAAGGAAGGAGACUCUGACAGUUUCAGCACAGUUCGGCCUCCAGGAGAAAAGCCAACCAUCAUCCGACCCCCAGUGAGGCCUCCAGAUCCUCCCUGCCGGGCAACUACUACCCAGAAACCUGAACCAAAGCCAGAUAUAGUGACUGGCAAUGCAGGGGAAAUCCCAUCGUCUGUGGUGGCUUCCAGGACCAGGUUCUUUGAAAUAGCUUCCCGGAAAACAGGAAGUUCUCAAGGCAGACUUCCUGGAGAUGAGAGUUGAGGCCUCAGGUUUCAAAAACCUUGGCCUCAGGGGACACUUUCCAGGUUCUAGAAGAGUCUUCUUCAAACCCUUGUGUGCUGAAGAGCAGAUCUUUCCUGGCCCUGUACCUUCAGGCUCUGGGAUGCUAUAAAAUAAGGGACACACAUCCUAGAUACAAGUUUAUUUCUCCUUUGUAUUCUGUCUUCAUUCCCUCAGAAGGUCUAUCUUGAGCUCCUAUAAGACUGUGAAUGGCUGAACUCCCUCAAGGCAGACUGCAGAAACCAAGCUAUCCACCAUCCCAAGUCGAAGAGAGGAGCUCAGUUUUCAACUCCUCUCUGAACUUCCUGCCUCCUCAAAAGGCCAUCUAGCUCUGAAAGAUUUGGGGCUAAAGAUUGAUCUCAGAAGUCUUACCCUGAACUAGAAGUUACUUGAGUUGGGGCCAUUGCUUACCUUGGAAGUAGGGGAGUAGGAAUGUUUGCUGAACUUUAGAGAAUCUUAAUAUCUCUUACUGAGGAUAUGGACCCUGGUGCCAGUUUGGAGCUUUGGCGCUGUAAUAUAUUGCCAAGAAUGUGUCUGCUCUUAUGGGACCAGACAGAAUGAGUGAUGCCCCCACAAUCCCUCCAAGUGGACUCAGGAAGGUGGCCUUCCUGCUUUUGCAUACAGCUGCUUAAGACAAAUCUGCAAAGCAUGUUUUACAUGUCAAAGCCUAGGUCUGUUUGAAUUAUUCUUCCUCCUGUUUUCUCCUGACAGCUUCCUUUCCAAGCAAUCAAGAAAGAAACAAAAGCUGAAGACAGUUCUUUUAAAAAAGGCAGACUGUGUUUGUUCUGCAGGAGUUCCAUUUUUGGGUCAAAUGCUGGGGAGAAUUGUUAAGAUGAUUGAGGCCAGGCAGUUGUCACUGUUGCUUCAUGUCUGCCUUCUGCAGAUAAGCUGUUUUAUCACCUGAAAGAAACAGUUCUUAACCCAUUAUCUAUGGAUUCAGGAACUUCAUAAAGCCUCUGAAAUGGUAUGCCUUUUCAAUAUGCCUUUUCUGAGGAAAUGGUCCAUAACAUUCUAGUGAAUUUCAGAUUGGGCCUGUGACACAAUAAAGGUUAAGAACCACAGCCUUUGAGAUAAAAGACUCUUUUUAUGACCUAUAAAAUAUUUGAUUAGAAAGGCCUUUCAGAAUUAUUUAGUCUAACUCCUUAGUUUACCAUUGGGGAAACUGAGGCAGAGCAAGUUAGCAGCCAUGUGUAAACAAGAUACCACAUCCCUGGGCACCUACACAAGGUUCUUUCCAUUACACCAUGCUUAUCUAGCAAGGGGGCUUAUGAUUGGUCGCUUUAAUGGCCAUCAUUUUGAGGAUCUGGCUUUUACCCUCUUUCUUGAGCCACACAUAUUUGCCACCAUAUGGAACUUCCAGACAUGAGCUCCUGGUCUUCCUCAUUUGCUAUUUCAAUCAUUGGAAAGGAAUUAAAACACAGUGUAGUGAGUCAGAAAUCUGACGAGUAGACAUUUCUGAUUCCUGUUUGUUGAAAAGAAGCUGCUGGAGAAAGUGUCAUCGCUUGUUUCCACACAGGUGCCUUGGCUUUAGGGUGGGCUUUAAGAUAGCCUGCCUUUAGUGUCUGUGUAAUUAUAAUGUGGUCCAGUGUGAGAGAAAGGACUUUCCUAUUGGACUCUUCUAGCCAGGCCCCACUAGUGCACUGACUAUAGUACUGAGAAAGAAGCAUAGACAUGGGGAGAGGGGAGGCGAGAGAGAGGGUAAGAGAGAGGGAGAUGAGAAAGAGAAUGCACCCAUGCCCAAACCAACUCUGAGAUGCCUUGGGAACAGUGUUACUGAAAGGCAAUAGCUACUUUCAAGAUUGAAUUCUAAAUAUGGCUUAUUGAUGAGUUAGUAACAUGUAAGCUAAACACACUGAGAGCCUUUGUGGAAGUAAUUGAAUAGCAAUUUGAUGACAUUCUUAAUGACGAUGUACCCAGGUGGCCAUAUUGAACUCUCAGCUCUACCCAGUCUCAAAGGCCAAGUUGCUAAGAAACCAGGAUAAAGUAAGCCAAGUGGGCACCAUUCUACCUGCUGCUCUCCCUAAAAGGGAAUCUCUGUGAGGCCUAAUGGCCUCACUCAGGAAGUACUCAUUGAGCCCCAGUCUGAGCUGUGGCCUCUCUGCUCUGUCCCAUUAGAUGAGUAACUAAACAAAGCAGGUGUGCAGAUUUUAGCCACAGAAGCAGUGGCCAAUGGGGCCUCAGUACCUUUGAAGAUAUUAGAGACAUGAUUUCACUCUGGUUUCCUUGGGGGGAAAUUCCACAGUCACCACUACAAAUAUUGAGAGAUUAUUGAGAACCAGAGAAAGCCACCACAAUUCCAGUAGAAUAUGUGUCCCAGAAAUGUGGCUGUGAGAUUGCUAUGUGUUUCCUGGGACACAGAUCAAGAGCCUGGCCUAAAGAGUUGGGAUCACCAGUCCGACUGGAAGCCAAGGAGCAGUGCCUGGCUGGCUCUACCCCUGCCCUGGGCUAUACCCAAAGAAUGAACCUCAGCACCUACCCUUUUGUUCUCUGAUUUAAAGAGCAAAAGCUUCUGUGGAAUGAGAAUGGCUUGGCUUAGGCUUGAUGGAUGGAUAGGCAUUCAGAAGAGGCUAUGGGAAGGGGGUGAUAAUUGAAGCGUGUCAAUUGUAGGAAACUAUCUGCAUACCUCGGCCAACAGGUAGGAGAAACUGUCAAUGGAUGAACUGUAAAUGUUGAGCUGACAGUGUUAACAUUUAUUAAGCACCUACUAAGUGCUAGAUGCUUCAUAUACAUUAUAUAAUUUAGUCCCUACAAUAAUCAUGCAAGUGGAUGCUAUCCUCCUCAUUCUACAGAUAAAGGAUUUAUGACCCAGCAGGCUAAAAUUAACUGGCUCAAGUUCACACAGAAAGUAAAUAACAGAAUUGUUAUUCUAAUCCAGCUCUCUAUGACUCUGUACCCCAUGUUGUUUUCCCUUUGCCAUAUAAAAGCCAUAUUACUGGAGCUGGCAUACUUAACAAAAUGUUAAAAGGCAAGUAUUUGAGGGUAAGGAGGGGAUGAAGGUCCAGUUUACAGGGGAAUAAAAACUGGGCUGAAAGAGAUUUCUGAGUUAUGUUUUCUCCUCACCUUCAGAAUGCCCAUUUGAUAAUCCGUCUUAAAACUGAUCAUUUACUUUUACCUUGUGACAUGAAGGAUUUAUUUUUUAGUUGGUAGUUUUCAAGUCCUUGGCUUAGCUGUUUUUCAAAGAAAAAAAGGUCCUUGUAUAUGUCUGUUAAUUCACCAAGGUUCUAGCACAUGCAGUUUCACCCCAAGAGACUGGUGACAUCCAUACAUGGUUUGAGGAAUAGAAUUGGUCUUGGUGCUUCUGCAGGACUUGAUGCCUUGGGAUCAAACCCCUAUUAAGGGUUUUUUGUGGGGAUAGCAAAAGUUAAGAGAUGAUUUAGAAUAAUAAAUAUUAUUGAAGUUUUUGUUUAAAAAAAGAUGGAGUGUGUUGCCCAGCCACUGAGGGGCAAAACUCAGCGUCCAAAUUGAAUAAUAAAGUGGUGUCAUGUAGAGUAUUUCUAAAAUAAGUUGCAAUUGUGGGAAAGAAUCCUUCCCUUUUCAAGAAGUUCCUUAAUUCUGUAAUAGCUAGAACAAAUAAAGUAAUAGAAGUA